AUGAGUAGUUAUGGAAAUACUCGCUGGAAGUUUAGGCUUCCUUACUUUCAGGAGAAUGAAAUAUGGGACCUGGUGGAAUUUUUACAGUGGAGUAUGAUACAAUAUCCAAAUGAUUUCGGUAAUAAAGAAGAAGAACACAGGACAUAUAAGAUUUGUUUGGAACGACUCAUUCAUAAUCCCCAUUUACUGAAGUCUCGUAGCAGUGAGCUUGUUCAACAGCUGGCCUCAAAUUGUUUGAACUCAUUCGAAUCGAGUCUAGUUGCUGUGCCCCCGGCACUAAUUUUUUCGCUGAAAGUGCUAGGUUGCGUCCGAAUUCCCGGGGUUGCGUCCUUGGGUGCACUUUUAUCUUUGAAGACUACAAAUUCCAACAAAGUAAAGAAGUUUUGGGAAGAUAGCUUAACUGUUAUGGAAACGUUAAAAAACGCGUCAAUUAUAAAUUCAAAAAAUGUAAUCCAACAAGUGCUAGAUUUACAGACCGAUUUCAAUGAGGCGCUUACUAACACUACACGCGAGAGUAUAAAACCUGAAGACAUUGAAGAUGUUCUUACGGGAGACAAUAUUAUUGAUGACGAACAAGUAAAAGAGCAUAAUCUUGAGAAAAGCUGGGAGUUCAAAGAACCAAUUCCUGGCUGGCUCAAACUGCUUCAUCAACAUCGCGAAGAUCUUGCCACCACAACAAUUGACCUCAAAUCACUUUCUCAAGUAGCAGAAACUGCCAUUUGGUGGCGUAUAAUUGACACAUGUGAUCCGAAAUUAACUGAAAUUAUUACGGAACGAGAGUUUUUAAACCUAAGCGAAAGUUUACUUUCCAACCUUCCAUCGGACUGGGAAGUGUUAGAGCCACCAGCUGAAAGAUGCUUGCACUCAAUUGCAAUGCUGGAUAAGAAAGGAUUGAAGAAGGUAGCCAAAACCGUAAUACAUCAUGGUGUUUGUGGUGCUAUAAAUAAGGCUCGAAAGAUUUUGGAUACUUCGAACAAAGUUGAAGAUGAAAACCCCUUCCUUGACUCUCCACCUACUGAAAUCACAACUACCGAUAAUUUUUUUCAAGAUGGAGAUUAUAAACACCCAGAUGUCUGUUACAUCAUUGAACUUCUUCACUAUACAUACAAUAUGAUCGAUAAAAAAAUUCCGCAACGAGAAAAUUCGGAACGGGAUAUUGAUGUGAUUUUCAAGUCCCACAUGUUUUCUUGUUUUGAUGACAUUAUGGAUUCGCAUUUUGGGGAGAUGGUUUCCAGAGCUUCACGACAACGCCGUACUCAAGCAAUUGAUGCUUCUGAUAAAGCAGAAGGUUAUCAUCUAGAUUGGCUUUUUACGAGACAUGGUCUCGCAAGAGAUCUUACCUGGGGGCGAAAAUUUUCACUGUGUGAAAGAGCAGGGUCUAAAAUUGAAAAUGGUAGAAAAAUACUAGAUAACACCUUAAAAGUACAAAAAACCCUGCGUGACAUGCACCAGACGUUAUUAGAAACCUUGUCUAACGCAGGUGGUGGUGCUGUUCCUGUCAAAGUUGCUCAAGCUUUCCGAAAACUGCUUCUGCCUGGAUUUAUCUCAUCUCGAUUUUUUAUUCGGGUUUUGUUAAAUGUAUACAUUGGUGGUAAAUACCAUGGAUCCGUUAUGCUGGCAGAAUUUGAUGUACCCACUCAAUUUGAUGAAAUGAGCAAGAUUGUAACAAUAGCACGGAUGAUGUUAAACGUAAAGAAUAUUUUCAAACAAACCAUAAGAACCUUCACUUUGAUGGAGGAAGCUUCCAAGAAGAAGAAACACUCUGUAGAUAACGUAUUGGUGUCAUCAAGAGUCAUAGAGCAUGUGUCUCCUAAAGCUAAGAAACAACAAAGUUCUAAAACUAAGAAGCGAAAAACUUAA